AAACUGGAAAUUUACUGUAACAAAUGGGCUUUAUUUUGUAAAAAAUCGUACAAAUUAUACAGUUAUUUAGAACACAAAUAAAGUGCUAAUAGCACCUUUGAGGGUAUUUCUAGAGAACCGCCGACGGCGAGAUGAAGUUCCGUGACAAUGGAAGGGUUCUCUGGAGUUUUGCAAGGACAUCGGUUCUGCAACAGACUCGAAAUACCUUCGCCAAAAAAAUGCUUAUUCCCCGCUUUAGCAGCACAAAGGAUAGUUCUUCGUCCGAUCAGCCCAACCUACUGAAGUAUCAUGUCUUACCGCUCGAAGAAACCCUGAACCGCUUUAUGAUGACCGUACAACCAUUGCUGACACCCGAGGAAUUUAAAAAGCAGGAGAAGAUUACUUACGACUUCCAGAGGGGGCAGGGUGAAGAGUUACAAAAUCUCCUGGAGGAAGUUGGUGGUCAGGAGAAGAACUGGUUAGCCCAUCGCUGGCUGAAGGUUGCCUACUUGCAGUUCCGGUCGCCAGUGACCUGCUUCUCCAGUCCCGGCAUGACCUUUCCCAAACAAAACUUUGAAAAUGCCCACGAGUUUGUGGACUACACGUCGAGAGUUAUCUUCGGAUUGGGUGAGUUCAAUGACUUGGUGCAGGCCAAGAAGAUUCCGAUUGUGAAAAUGGGCAAGAACGAGUUGGACAACAGUCAGUUUGGCAAAGUGUUCGGCACAUGCCGGAUACCGAAAAGGUUUACGGACGACAUCGUCUACAAUCCGUGCUCUGAUUAUGUGGUGGUCAUCUACCUGAAUCAUUUCUACCAACUGAAAAUAUACGACAAGGAAGGAAAACUGAUAAGUGCACCAUCUCUGGCUGCUCAACUAGGGAAAAUAAUGGUCAAGGAAACAGAACGGGGAGUUCCCUAUGGCAUUUUGACCACCGAUUCGAGAGACAACUGGGCCGAGGCAUAUGAACACCUAUCAAAUACGCCCCGUAAUACGGAUGCCUUGAAAACCAUUCAGAAUGCUAUGUUCACGGUGUCCCUUGACGAGUGUACCAGCCCAAAGGAAGGUCGAGAUGCCGAGGAACUGGUCCUCUCGCUGAUCCAUGGAAAGGGCAGCCAGUGCAACAGCGCCAACCGCUGGAUGGAUAAGACGAUUCAGUUGGUGGUGAACCCGAACGGAAACGUUGGAUUCACCUACGAGCACUCGCCGGCCGAGGGUCAGCCGAUCGCCAUGAUGAUGGACUAUGUGGUGAAGAAGAUGAAGGAUGACCCUAGUUUCGGGGAAUGCGGAUCGGACGACUUUACUCCAGCACGGAAAAUACAGUUCUGCGAUGUUAGCAAGUGCGUGGAGCAAUGGCUGAUAAUCGCGCAAAAAAACGUGGACAAACUUGUCCAGGACCUUCAAAUGAAGGUUCUUAAGUUCGAUGGCUACGGCAAGGAUUAUAUCAAGAAACAGCGCCUCGGUCCAGAUAGCUAUAUUCAGAUGGCCUUACAGUUGGCCUUCUUUAAAUUGCACUCUGAGCCAGCUGCUCAAUACGAGUCCGCGCAUUUGCGCAUCUUUGAUGGUGGCAGGACCGAAACCAUACGUUCGUGCUCGAAUGAAUCCCUGGCCUUUUGUCUCGCCAUGGACGAUGUGAGUUCCCCAGCGGAGGAAAAGGCUAAUAAGAUUCGUGAGGCGGUGAUGUGCCACCAGAUGUAUGCCAAGCUGGCUCUUGUGGGAAAGGGAGUCGAUCGUCACCUCUUUGGACUUAGACAAAUGGCGGUGGAGAACUGCCUACCCGUUCCGGAGUUCUUUGCAUCGCCAGGGUAUGUGAAGUCCACACACUUUCGAAUGUCCACUUCGCAGGUGGCCACCAAAUACGACGCUUUCAUGGGAUAUGGACCCUCUGCAGAAGAUGGAUACGCAUGUUGCUACAAUCCCCGUGAACAUGACAUCAUUUUGGCCAUAUCCGCCUGGCGUCGCUGUCUGGCAACUGAUCACCAAAAGCUUGCCAAGUUGCUGGCGCAGUCCUUUGCUCAAAUGAGGGAGGUGCUCGGAGAUUGUCCACCUUCGACAGACAAGCCGCCAAAGCUUAAGUGCAAAUUUUAAAAGUGGUUCUCUAGAACAUACUUCUCAUUGUAUUUGCAUGCUCAUAGACAAAAUUUAGUUCAAUUGAAAAGAUAACCUCUUUUACUUCUCAAGUUUUUUAAA